AUGUCUCUCACUGACCAGGAAUUGUUCGAGUUGAACAAAAGAGCCGUCACCCAGGGGUUCAAAAUCAAGCCCAGAAUCAAGUACAACACCGUUGGAGGUGUCAAUGGGCCCUUGGUGAUUUUGGACAAUGUCAAGUUUCCCCGUUACAACGAGAUUGUCAACUUGACUUUGCCAGACGGCUCCAUCAGACAGGGGCAAGUUUUGGAAGUCAGAGGAUCUAAGGCUAUUGUCCAAGUUUUCGAAGGUACUUCCGGUAUCGAUGUCAAAAAGACCCGUGUUGAGUUCACCGGCGAGAACUUGAAGAUUGCUGUUUCUGAGGAUAUGCUUGGAAGAAUCUUUGAUGGUUCCGGUAGACCGAUCGAUAAGGGCCCCAAGAUCUUUGCCGAAGACUACUUGGACAUUAACGGUUCUCCAAUCAAUCCUUUUGCCCGUAUCUACCCAGAAGAAAUGAUCUCUACCGGUAUCUCUGCCAUCGAUACCAUGAAUUCCAUCGCCAGAGGCCAGAAGAUUCCUAUUUUCUCUGCUUCUGGUUUGCCUCACAACGAAAUCGCCGCUCAAAUCUGUAGACAAGCCGGUUUGGUUAGACCUACCAAAGACGUUCACGACGGUCAUGAAGAGAAUUUCUCCAUUGUCUUUGCUGCUAUGGGUGUGAACUUGGAAACAUCCCGUUUCUUCAAGCAAGAUUUCGAGGAAAACGGGUCCUUAGAAAGAACUUCGUUGUUCUUGAACUUGGCCAACGAUCCAACCAUUGAAAGAAUCAUUACGCCUCGUUUGGCUUUAACUACCGCUGAAUAUUUGGCCUACCAAACUGAGAGACAUGUCUUGACUAUCUUGACGGAUAUGUCCUCAUAUGCUGAUGCAUUGAGAGAAGUCUCUGCUGCUAGAGAAGAAGUCCCUGGUAGAAGAGGUUAUCCCGGUUACAUGUACACCGAUUUGUCUACUAUCUACGAAAGAGCUGGUAGAGUUGAAGGCAGAAACGGUUCCAUCACCCAGGUGCCUAUCUUGACUAUGCCUAACGACGAUAUUACCCAUCCUAUUCCUGAUUUGACUGGUUAUAUCACUGAAGGUCAGAUCUCUAUCGACAGACAAUUGCACAACAGAGGAAUCUAUCCUCCUAUCAACGUGUUACCAUCUUUGUCUCGUUUGAUGAAGUCUGCAAUUGGUGAAGGUAUGACUAGAAAGGACCACGGUGAUGUUUCUAACCAGUUGUAUGCCAAAUACGCCAUUGGUAGAGACGCCGCUGCAAUGAAAGCAGUCGUUGGUGAGGAAGCCUUGUCUAACGAAGACAAGUUGUCGUUAGAAUUCUUGGAGAAGUUUGAAAAGAACUUCAUCUCCCAGGGAGCCUACGAAAACAGAUCCAUUUUCGAGUCGUUAGACUUGGCCUGGUCGUUGUUGAGAAUCUACCCCAAGGAAUUGUUGAACAGAAUUAGUCCUAAGAUCUUGAACGAGUUCUACGAAAGAGAAAGGGAACAGGAGGAUGAUGAAGAAGAAGACGCAGACAAGUCCCACGACUUGAUUGACGCCUGA